UAUAGUUGUUUUACAUUGCCAUUUUGUUAAUGUGAGUGUAUAAAAUUGAAGAAACCAAAUUAGCUUUUGAACCAAGAUUAUGAAUAUUGUGAUAUAAAUCUUGUGCCCAAUUUCAAAAUGCUCUGCUUAUCUCGCCCAUCCGCCACCUAGCCACUUGACUCGGAGCAGCCCCAAUACCCGAACUCGGCCUCUUCGCUUGUCCUUUGUUGAUAGAAAUCACAUCGCGCACCGUUAGAGAAAAGGGCGAAGAGGAGACGAGAAAAGAAGUGAAAACAGUUGCAUUCCGCGGAGAGGCAUUUGGUGGCACUUCAGCAUGUUCAGCAUAAGCGAGUUGUGCUGCAUGUUUUGCUGCCCCCCCUGUCCGGGGAACAUUGCGGCCAAGCUGGCCUUCCAGCCCCCCGAGCCCACGUAUAAGCUGACCCCCGCCGACGACACGAAUGCCAGGUACAACUUGCAGCUCUUUGACCGCGCCGAAUGGCAGUACUCCGAACGGGAGAAGUCCAAGGUGGAGGCCUUCUUCACCCGCACCUCGCGAGGCAACCUGAUCACCUGCAUCUACGUCCGGUGCAGCAAAAACGCCAAGUACACGCUACUGUUCUCCCAUGGUAAUGCCGUUGAUCUCGGGCAGAUGAGCAGCUUCUAUCUGACCCUCGGCUCGCAGAUCAAUUGCAAUAUCUUUGGGUACGACUACUCGGGGUACGGCAUGAGCGGCGGCAAGCCAUCUGAGAAGAAUCUGUACGCGGACAUAGAAGCUGCCUGGCAAGCAAUGCGAACGCGGUACAACAUCAGUCCCGAGACAAUAAUCUUGUACGGACAGAGUAUUGGCACAGUGCCGACUGUGGACCUGGCCUCCCGCCACGAAGUCGGCGCCGUAGUUCUACACUCGCCUCUUAUGUCCGGUCUGAGAGUCGUGUUUAGGAACACAAAGAGAACUUGGUUCUUUGACGCAUUUCCAAGCAUUGAUAAGGUCGCUAAGGUAAAGGCUCCAGUUCUGGUAAUUCACGGAACCGAUGACGAGGUCAUCGACUUCUCCCAUGGUAUCGGAAUCUACGAGAGGUGUCCUAAGACAGUGGAACCGUUCUGGGUGGAGGGCGCUGGUCAUAAUGAUGUUGAGCUUCAUCCCCAUUAUUAUGAACGCCUGCGAAAGUUCUUGUCGGUGGAGCUGAUCACAUGACAAUUAAAGAAUAAUGUGGAUGGAGGUGUUAGUGACACUACUUCUGGUGUAGUAUCCAAUUCAAACCCUGCCGGAGCCAGUGUGUCCCUAAGUUCAAAACAUCCCAAUCCAUCCUCAACUACCGUCGGAAGCGAGUCAAGUAAAAAAAAUGCGGAAGCUAAUAAAAAACGGAGUGAAAACGAUGGUUUGUAAAACAUCAUAAAUAUUGCAAUGUAAUUAUUUAUAUACAUACAUAGCUCACAUCAAUACAUUCGAUAAUUGCAUUUUUAAAAGGUUAAUCUAUAUAUUAAAUAUGAAUACGUCAGGAGUUUUUUGUACCAAGAUCCCCAUAUUUACUGCAUUGUGAUCCUGGUCCCCCACUAUGAAACAAUAAGUAAAAUCAUAUCAUCUAACUUAAAAUGAAACAUGUAAAUGCUAUUUAAUAUUAUUGAUACUGAUAGGCAAGAACACACAAACAAGAGAAACAAUUACGUUUUGUUUGAAUAUUAUCAUUUAGCAAAUACGCAUCAGUAAUAUGGUUUUAUACAUUAAUGUAAGGACAAAAAGUUUGAAUAAAGCAAUUUUUGAUACUUUGGAA